CCAGAACGUGCUUCUUGAUUUUCUUGAGCUUCGUUCCCAUUUCCCUCUUUCCCUGUAUAGGAACAACAAACCCUAGCCUAAUUCAUAAGCCAUAGCCAUGACGAUCCGGCAGCUCUUAACCCUAGCCCGCCGGUCCCGAAACCUCACCACAUCCCAUUCACUCCGACGUCUUUAUUCGGCGUCUGCCGCCGUCGCCGCCACAUCCUCCUCCGCCCCGGCCAUCGGUCCGCCACCACCAGAUGCAAUGAUCUACGAUCGAUUGGCUGAAGACGUUAAACAAAAGAUCAAAAGACUCGAGAAUCCUGAUUCCCGAUUCCUUCAGUACAACUCACCACACCCAACUUUAGCCGACCACACAUCAAUCCUCAGCUUCCCUUCUACGCGCGUGACCACACUACCAUCAGGCCUGCGCGUGGCCACGGAGACUAAUCUCGCUGUCAAGACUGCCACCGUUGGGGUAUUCAUUGAUGCAGGGUCAAGGUUUGAGACCGAUGAGACUAAUGGAACAGCUCAUUUUCUUGAGCAUAUGAUCUUUAAGGGUACCGAAAAGAGGACUUCUUGGGAAAUGGAGGAGGAGAUUGAGAAUAUGGGUGGACAUUUGAAUGCCUAUACUUCCAGGGAGCAAACAGCAUACUAUGCUAAAGUUUUGGAUAAUGAUGUCCCUGUAGCUUUGGAUAUUUUGGCUGAUAUACUUCAGAAUUCUAAGUUUGAAGAGAGAAAGAUUGAACGUGAACGUGAUGUCAUCCUUAGGGAGAUGGAGGAGGUUGAAGGUCAAACAGAGGAAGUCAUCUUUGACCACUUGCAUUCAACUGCAUUCCAGUACUCACCUUUGGGUAGGACUAUUCUUGGACCUGCCCAGAAUAUAAAGACAAUCACCAGAAGUCACCUGAAGGACUACAUAUCAACACAUUAUACCGCUCCCAGAAUGGUAAUUGUUGCUUCUGGGCCUGUUAAACAUGAAGAAUUUGUUGAGCAAGUGAAGAAACAAUUUACUAAACUUUCAACCAAUCCUACUACGGCCUCAGAAUUGGUUGCCAGAGAACCAGCAAUUUUUACAGGUUCAGAGGUUAGGGUAAUUGAUGAUGACAUUCCGUUGGCACAAUUUGCUGUUGCUUUUCAAGGGGCACCAUGGACUGAUCCAGAUGCCAUUCCGCUGAUGGUAAUGCAAUCCAUGCUGGGCACUUGGAAUAAAAAUGCCGGAGGAGGGAAACACAUGGGCUCCGAUCUGGCACAAAGUGUUGGCAUUAAUGAACUAGCUGAGAGCAUGAUGUCUUUUAACACCAAUUAUAAGGAUACUGGGCUGUUCGGCGUGUAUGCUGUUGCAAAGCCUGAUUGUUUGAGUGAUUUGUCCUACUGCAUUAUGCGUGAGAUAAGCAAGUUGUGCUACCGGGUUUCGGAUGCUGAUGUGACUCGUGCUUGCAACCAGUUGAAGUCUUCUCUCAUGCUUCACAUUGAUGGAACUAGUCCUGUUGCUGAAGACAUUGGGCGUCAGCUACUCACAUAUGGCAGAAGGAUUCCAGUCACAGAGCUGUUUGCAAGGGUUGAUGCCGUGGAUGCUAGCACUAUCAAACGAGUUGCAAACAGAUUUAUCUUUGACCAGGAUGUUGCUAUAUCCGCGUUGGGGCCUAUCCAGACUCUACCUGAUUAUAACUGGUUCAGGCGCAGAACCUACAUGCUCCGUUAUUAGAUGAUUCUUUUUUUUUUUGGAGUUGUAAUGCAUCACAAUUACACACCUCGCUCGACCAUUCCAAACUUGGACAUAUAGGUCUUACUUUUCUAAUUCUUCCUCUUGCCUACCUUCUGGUUUUGUAACGGUUUUGUAGUUUUUCCCUAUAAAAAUAAGCGGCCUAUAUUUAAUAAUUUGGUUGUUGACGUUUGUUUUCA